CCGCCCUUGCUCCCGCACUCUGUACAUAAUAAAGCAAAUCCACUAGGCUCUAGCUUUCCCACUCUUGACCCUCUCUCAUACAUGUUCCUCCAACGACGCCUGUUUUGUGCAUGGCGCAUUGUUUGUUAUUGACGUCGCUCACCAAAUAGAUAAUUUCUUCUUCCUCUGCCACGCAGUCCUAUUUACUAUAUUCAUCCUCCAUCGCCAUCAUGGACCCCAGGAAGAAGCGUUCGAGCCAUAGGCUAUCGUCGUUGUUUUCCUCGUCGUCCGCUCCUGACCACCAAGACAUGGGCUCCGCAGCAUCCUCGGACUCAAGCGGACGACUCAGCAAGGCUGUCAAAAGCCGUGUCUCUUCUGCCCAACACCUCGCCCCUACUUACCCUCCUCCACCUGUGCCCGACUACGCCUUCCUCAAGCAACCUACUAUCACACCUGUCAAACCCGCGCCUGCCGCUCUUCAACCCCCGCCUCCCCUCUCUUCCCCAGAUUCACGAAGCGCUUCCCCCGCUCACUCAGAUCUAAACAGUCGGCCUGGCACCCCUGACAAUGGCAGCAGCCGGUUGACUCCUGCGGACGGGUUGAAGAAGUUGAAACGGCGAAGCAGGCUCUUUGGGGGCGGACAGAGUAGCGACGAGCAGGUUAAUGUGUCCGGUCAGGGUCCUCUAGCCUGGGUGGUUGGGCACCGCGGAAAGGUUCCAUACAACUUGGCUAUGCUGUUGAAUGGAGAGAAGGUGCCUGAGCUUUGGGAUGAACAGGGCGAUACUUUCAUUUAUCUUUUUCCCAGGAGCCACGGCAAGGGUCCCUCUUUCCGUGUAGAUUCUUCCGUCUAUGCGGCUUCCCAAUACUUGACCCGACUCGCCCACGGUCGAUUGUACAGUGAUUCCAUUCCUACUCAGAAUCAACUGAUUGACCGAACGCUUCGAAAUUCCUCUGCCGGAAAUCACCCUCCCUCAAGAACGGCUUCACCAGAUCCAGCCUUCCCCGAAGGGAGUUCCGAUGGCUCGAAGGGCUCGAGAACGUUGAGUGACGCUACGGAAGAUGACCAUUCAGAGAUACACAUUGUCUUACCCAUCGCCCUCAGCACCGAUAAUUCUCCCGUAGCAGCCACUGGCAAGGAGCCACGGUUGACGGCCAAAGAUAUCGACACCUUGGUUGCUUAUCGUAAUUUCUUCGCAUUUCUAAUUGGCCAGUCUCUUGUUGCAACUGAGAGACACCCCGGUAUAUUUGAGAUUUUCAUGAGAAUUGCCGACAUCUUGCAAAGCUACCAUUUUUCCAAUGUCGAUGGAUCCACGUACGGUGAAGUUGCUGCAUCCAGCUUUGACAGCUACGUUGAGGAGUUGAACCUCGCAGAUGUCCGGUCCAGCCGCGAAAAGACGGUUGAAGCUAUCGUUCUUGGUGAGCACAUGCGAUCCAUGGGCCUAUAUACAGAAGGGUUCGUGCACGGCGUCGGCAAGUGGGAAGAUAUUAAAGCCCUUGAACAUCCCAAGAUGCAGUCAAUUAGCCAUAAGACACUGAACAGAAUGGGCCGAGCUUCCAUGGACCUUGACAAUCGGGUGAAAAACAUUAAUGUGAAGCUGGGUAACUUUGAUUUCCCUGCCUUGUUCUCUGGCCUCAUGAAUAGCGAUACGUCGGACGAGAGGAAGGUCGUAAAGUUUAAGAGCUGGAGGACUGCUUUCAUGGGGACGCGAUCCUUUGUCCAUGACUACUACAAGUCCAAAUACGGCUCUUGGAUCCCGAAAGCAAGGUCGAAGAAGAACGAUUUAACAACGAGCGGCCUGAAUCGUUUAGUCCUACGAGACAUUUAUGAUGACAUGUCCAACCUGUACGACUUGCUUGUAGAUCGGACCAACCUUACAACUCGAACGGCUGAUGGGUUCACCACUGAGGACGAGGCAACCGAUUUUGAAGCCGUUGCUUAUCGUGCUCUACGAAGAGUCAUGAGCGAAUAUGAUCGAAGCACACCGCCAGUGCAACCGCCGAUUCCGUUCGACUUGCCAAUGUAUCCUUCGCUUAAAGGAUUCAGGAAAGACUAUCCAUCCGGGGACGCAAAGAAAGAUACGAAGGCGCGGAACAAAAAGCUGAAAGGAGAUGAGAUGGUCGCGAUGGUCCGACAGUCGCACAAUCUAGACUCCGAGCGACAGACGUCUUUCCUAGAUGCUUUCCGCAAAUUUGAGCUAAAACAAGCUUCUGGAAAGACCAUGGAAGAGCUCUGGGAGUUGCGUACCGGACAGUGGCUGUUCUUGUAUGCCGUUCUACAGUCUCUUCCGAUGCUUGCCGUGGAUGCACCCGGUGUAAGGUUUGCAGAUGGGGUGGAGUACUUCCUCUGUGAGCCACCCAAAUCUGGCGUUCCAUGGGGACGUGACGAUACGAACCAGACCCGAACCUGGUUUGGGGUCGCGGGAGGCUCUCAAGUCGUUAACCUUCCAGCCCACAUUGUUGAACAUGGUGUGGAAGGUAUUUACCGUAGAUCGCACUGUUGGAAGAUGGCCGAUGUAUGGUCUCAAAAUGACGCGGUGCUCAACGCAGCAGUUCACGAAUCAAUGGACGCAGCGCCGCUUCCUCCUCCACCAUCCCUCCUUACACCUAACUCAGCCGUGCGGUCGCGAUCACAGAGCCCUGACCGAAGGAGAGAAAGCGUGAUGAAUCUCGGCCUCGAAGCUCUCCCUCUGCCUGCUGGUGUCGCUCCUGCUAGUUCUCCGGCCAUGCGACCGAAGUCAAGCAACGACCCGAACAAAACAUUCGACGCGAUUCUCUCCUCAAGUAACCUGCCCGAACAAAAGAAUGGGAAAAAGAAGAAAUGAGUUUAUGGUUGUGUACAGACGCUUUGAUGUAGGAUAUCGGGGAUAAUAAAAGCGAGCACUUGCAUGUCUUGAUAAUCACGUUUAAAUUUGGAACGGCGCACUGCAUUGGUUAGCAACUGGAUUUAAUGCAUUGGGUGCUAUGACAUUGGGGUAGCUCUCCAUGGAUGAAUGUGGCUGUAUAUAUUGCUUCGUGGCAAAAAAUGCAUAGUAGAGUGUUGUCAGGAAGACUAAGAAGUGCAUAUGUUUGAU